AUGUUGCAUCUGAGGCUUUUCGAUAGCUCGCUCUAUUAUACGCUGGCCUCCGUGUCGUCGGGCAUGCUGCCACCACCCCAGGCGUCUAAUGGCAGCCAGUUGACGUUGACUGGCGCAGCAGCCGGCAUUGCGCCAGCGGAGGCUGCAGUUAAUCUGACAUAUUUUACACCUGCGAUCUCACACGUGAUGCUGGCGCCGACGACAACGACUGCCAGUGCAGCCCAGAUGACAGCAGCAGCAACAACAGUAACACCAACAACAGCAUCAACAACAAUGCCAGGCAGCGAUUUUCAGGCGGCGGCAGCGACAACGGCAUCAGGCGACAACUUAACGUUGUCAUAUGCGGGUGAAUUGGACAACUUGAAUUCUUUCUACUUUUAUGAGACGGAACAAUUUGCUGUACUCUGGAUACUUUUUACCAUCAUUGUGCUGGGCAAUUCGGCGGUUCUAUUUGUUAUGUUCAUCAACAAGAAUCGCAAGUCGCGUAUGAACUAUUUCAUUAAGCAGCUGGCGCUCGCAGAUCUGUGUGUGGGACUGCUCAAUGUGCUGACGGAUAUUAUUUGGCGCAUCACAAUCUCGUGGCGGGCCGGAAACGUGGCCUGUAAGGUCAUACGCUUCUCUCAGGUGUGCGUCACAUACUCCUCCACCUAUGUGCUGGUGGCCAUGAGCAUUGACAGAUACGAUGCAAUAACGCACCCAAUGAACUUCUCAAAGUCGUGGAAACGCGCUCGCCAUUUGGUGGCUGGCGCUUGGCUGCUCUCCGCUCUCUUUUCGCUACCUAUACUGGUGCUGUACGAGGAGAAACUCAUACAGGGCCAUCCGCAGUGCUGGAUUGAGCUGGGCUCGCCAAUGGCCUGGCAGAUUUAUAUGUGUCUCGUCUCGGCCGCAUUGUUUGCGGUCCCCGCAUUGAUAAUAUCCGCCUGCUAUGCUAUUAUUGUGAAGACCAUAUGGGCUAAGGGCUCCAUAUUUGUGCCCACAGAACGUGUAGGAUUCGGUGGUGCUGCAACAAGACGCGCCAGCUCGAGGGGCAUCAUACCACGCGCCAAGGUCAAGACCGUGAAGAUGACGCUAACGAUUGUAUUUGUGUUUAUUCUAUGCUGGUCGCCAUACAUUAUAUUCGAUCUGCUACAAGUCUUUGGCCAGAUACCGCACUCACAGACAAACAUUGCCAUAGCCACAUUUAUACAGAGCCUGGCACCACUCAACUCGGCGGCGAAUCCUCUAAUAUACUGCUUGUUCUCCUCACAAGUGUUUCGCACGCUCAGUCGUUUCCCGCCCUUCAAGUGGUUGACCUGCUGCUGCAAAUCCUAUCGCAACAACUCGCAGCAGAACCGCUGCCACACAGUUGGUCGUCGUCUGCACAAUAGCUGCGAUUCCAUGCGCACUCUAACUACCUCUCUGACGGUUUCAAGACGCUCCACCAAUAAGACGAACGCCCGGGUCGUCAUCUGCGAGCGGCCUAACAAGGUUAUUACCGUGCCGGCUAUGUCAGAGGUAUGAUAGCUGGCGCAUUCAACCCGCAAGCGUUCAACGUUUGCGGUCCAUGGGCCGACGUCCUUCAGCGAUGCGGAGUUUCUAUAAGUAAAUU